CCUGCGCAGGGCAGCCCUAGGGGUCCUGGCCGGCGCGGGUAAGGCCGUGUCGCGCGUAGGUCGGCUUCGACGUAAAACGAUGUCCCUCUGAGUCCUCCUCGUCGACCGCGUGUCGAGUGCGUCGUUCGCGGGCGAAGAGGAGGAAGGGAGGAGGUGGUGGUGCUGGUCUGACGCGCUCGCCGUGUCGCCGUGGCCCGCCAACCCCAUCGGGCCGCAGGCGCGGGGUGAAGCCUGCCGCCUUGCCUGGAUUCUUCUACGGGCGCCGGUGCUCGGAUUCCCGCGGAAGCCCCGGAUUUCUCUCUGUGGGUGACCAGCGGAGUAGCCACAAGUCACCAUGUCACGACGGCCACCUGUGACCGCCUCCCCGGCCCCCGGCACCACCACUCCGGCACAAACAACCAGCAACCCUGGCUUCGUGGGCUACAACCCGUACAGCCACCUGGCCUACAACAACUACAAGUUGGGUGGACAGCCUGGAGCCAACAGUAGAGCCAUGACAUCGUACCUGGGUAGGCAGUCUCACGACAUAGCCUCCAGGCAGUAUCGUGACACCUGGGCCGCCCCCGCGUACAGCCAUGCCUUGCACGGCCUAACAAACCCUGGGAUCACGGUGCCAAAGCCACCCAAGCCUCCAGACAAGCCCCUCAUGCCGUACAUGCGCUACAGCCGGAAGCCAACCGGAGGGAAGAAGAAGGCAGGGCGCGCCACGGUGCAGGUCUGGGACCAGGUGAAGGCGUCGAACCCGGACCUCAAGCUGUGGGAGAUCGGCAAGAUCAUCGGUGGCAUGUGGAGGGACCUGAGCGACGAGGAGAAGCAGGAGUACAUCAACGACUACGAGGCGGAGAAGAUCGAGUACAGCGAGGCGAUGAAGACGUACCUCAACUCGCCCACCUACCUGGCCUACGUGAACGCCAAGAGCCGCGCCGAGGCGGCGCUCGAGGAAGAGAGCCGCCAGCGUCAGCGCAACGACAAGCUCGAGUCCUACAUGAGCAUCCAGCCCGCGGAGGACCCCGAGGACUUUGACGACGGCUUCUCGGUGAAGCACGUGUCGGCCGGGCGAUUCCUGCGCAACCACCGUCUCAUUAACGAGAUCUUUAACGAGUCGGUGGUGCCCGACGUGCGCUCCGUGGUGACCACCAACCGCAUGCAGGUGCUGAAGCGGCAGGUGCACUCGCUGAUGGUCCACCAGCAAAAGCUGGAGGCGGAGCUGCUGCAGAUUGAGGAGCGGCACCAGGGCAAGAAGCGCAAAUUCCUCGACUCGACCGAGCGCUUCAACUCGGAGCUCAAGAGGCUGCGCGGCCAGAAGAUCGAGGUUGACCUGCAGAAGGUGGCGGCCGAUGUGGCCGCCACCGCCGAGGAGACGGCGCAGAAGCGGCGCGAGGAGGAGCGCGACAAACCCACGGCGCCACCGGCACCCGCGCAGUCGGCCCCCAUGGAGGUGGCCGAGGGGGAGAAGAGCUCCGACUCGGAGCGGCAGGAUGAGCCCAGCCCCGGCACGACCGCAUCGACACACACGGAGCCCACAGCUCCGCACGCCUCGGACGCGUCGGCCACCGACGAGGGCUCCUUGCCGGCCAGCGGCCCCGACGGCGACGGCGUCGGCGGCGUCGUCGUCAUCAAAAAACCGGAGCCGCAGAAGCCGGACGAGAGCAACAGCAGCAGCAACAACAACGCGGACGACGAGGAGGAGGACGAGGAGGAGGAAGACGAGGAGGACGACGAAGAUGAGGACGACGACCAGGACGAAGCGGAGGAGGAGGAGGAAGCGGCGGCGGCGACAGAACCGGCAGCUGCGGCAAAGGACAAGGGGGAGACGCCGCCACCGGCCGGGACGCGCGGCCGCGGCGAUGGGAACCGCGGCCGCGCCGCCAGCACCGGCGGUAGUGGUGGUGGAGGUGGCGGCGGUAGCGGUGGUGGUGGUGGCGGUGGUGGUGGCGGUGGCGGUGGUGGUGGUGGUGGAGGUGGUGGUGGUCUGGCCGAGCGGGCGGCGGAGGAGCUGGCGAUCGGGAAGCCGGGGAAGCACGGCAGGGAGCCGUGUGGAGGGCACGUGGGCAGCAGCAGGGCCGGGGCAGCGGGGGGUAGGGGCAGCGGGCGGGAGAAGCACGUAGGAGGGGGGCAGAGGGAGGGGGGGUCGCCCGGCAGCUCGGAGAGCCUGCCCCCCACUGCGAGCGGAGGUCAUCAGCGUGCAGAAAAGCAGGAGUGAGCGCACGUGUGUAUGUGUGUGCACGUGUGGGUGUCUGUGGUUGCAUGUAUGUGUAUUCCGUGUGUGCGUGUGUGUACGUCUGUGUGUGUGCGUGUAGGUGCUCGCUAUCAGUACCUUCCCCCUGCAAUCCGUUGAAGGUUGUAUGGGGGAUCUUUAUCUUUGUGUGCACGUGUAGUGUGUGCGUGUGUACGUAUGUGAAUGGGUAAUUGUGUGCGCAUAUGUGGUGCGUGCGUGAGCGUCAGAGCAGUGUACAGUGCGCUGCUGUACGAACCUGGCCACGGCUAACAUCAGUGGUAAGUGAUAUACUAAAACUUGUCCUGAGCCUCCGCUAGGUCAGCUCGGCCUUGAAUGACAGUACCAUGUGUGUGUUUGUGUGUAAGAUAAUAUAUGUGUGCAUGCAUGUAUGUACGUGUGAGAAUGCAUGUAUAAGAGAAUGUAUGCGUAUAUGUACGUGAGAGUGUGUAUGAAGGGGGAGUAACUUUGUGUGUAGGUCAAGUUUGGUGUGCUGGGGUAGCUGAGUGGGGUAGUAAACUCGUCCCACCAGAACACGCUUGGUAUGAUGGCGUAGCUGAGUGGAGUAGUAAACUCGUCCCACAGAACACGCGUGGUGUGAUGGCGUAGCUGAGUGGAGUAGUAAACUCGUCCCACAGAACACGCGUGGUGUGAUGGCGUAGCUGAGUGGAGUAGUAAACUCGUCUCACCAGAACACACGUGGUGUGAUGGCGUAGCUGAGUGGAGUAGUAAACUCGUCCCACAGAACACGCGUGGUGUGAUGGCGUAGCUGAGUGGAGUAGUAAACUCGUCUCACCAGAACACGCGUGGUGUGAUGGCGUAGCUGAGUGGAGUAGUAAACUCGUCUCACCAGAACACGCGUGGUGUGAUGGCGUAGCUGAGUGGAGUAGUAAACUCGUCCCACAACACGCGUGGUGUGAUGGCGUAGCUGAGUGGAGUAGUACACUCGUCCCACCAGAACACGCGUGGUGUGAUGGCGUAGCUGAGUGGAGUAGAACAAGCGGGUUAAACGUGAGAACCGCGUUGGUUUCCAUUUAUUGCUGUCGCUUGAAAGGAGAGAUCUCCACGUUUCAGCCGACUUGAUUUCACCGGCGUGGAACUUUCCGCCGGCCGCGUUUAUAAUCCAAGCGCAGUUUUCUCCAGGAGCUGGGGUUGCCGACGUUGUUUGAGGAUUCCUUCUCUAGAGCUUUCACCACGCGGGGGCGUCUUCAGGAGUUGAAAAUAACACUGGUCAACACACUUUUUCUGGCAUAAGGUAUUCCAACGGUUUUUAAGGUAAUUUUGGGGUGCUGAUUCCAAAUCUGGCAUCAGUUUUUGUCCAUCACAUCAGGUUUUUGAGAUAUCAAAUAUUGCAUUUUCAAUAAAAACUGCAUAAGAAAAAUAUUAAAUAAAUGUGGAUAUCUACAUAAAAUUAUAUUAUAAACACACUAUCCUAAAAAUACAGCACCAUAUUUUAACACUAAAGCAGUCACUGACUCGCAACAACUUGCAAUCAUAAGUGACAGUUAAUUUCGGGUAAAAUCUAUGAAAAUGGGGUAUGCCGAUAGCAUAAAAAUGAUGUGAUAGAGCAAAUCUGAGGUCAGAUUUGGAAUCAGCACCCUGAAAUUAGUCUAAAACAGCUGUAAAGGUCCAGGCCAGAAAAAAAUGUUUUUUUGUUGUUGACCAGUGUAGUAAAUCCCUCAUGGAGCCCGCACUUACAUGUCCAACUUAGAACACAAACUUGUGGUGUUCGGUUGACUGGCCUUCUACAAGAAACUUUCUUCAAUUUGCCCAAAACAAGGCGACGGGGCUGUAACGGUGACGGUAAAAACACCUCUGGCCGAAUAUGUUCAUUGACCACGAUCUCAUCGCUCAGUGCACACUGUCACGAUAUGGGCCUGGCCCUGUUUUCCUGGGAGUUGAACGGUUGCCCUCUUUCCAGUCGAGAAAGAGACCACGUUGUUAGAGAGGUGUACAGGUAAAGUUAAAAAACAUAUCUUCUUGGUUCUUUCGGUAAAGUCACGUAGAAUGGAAAUAACAAUACUCUGUCUUCUAGACUCUGUCUUCUCGACAGACCUGUUCUUCACCUGAGGACGGCUGCUUGCGUUGUGGCCGAAACGUGAGAAUGAUUUUAUUAUGUUUUAUUUUUAUCAUUUUAUUAUUUCCAUUCUACGUGACUUUACCGAAAGAACCAAGAAGAUGAAUCCCUGCAGUCACGAAAGCUUUAAAUUAAAAAAAACACACACUUGACUGACUUUCCACUUGAUGGCAUUUCCAAGGCAGUUCUGCAGUAUCGCCUUCAGCGAGCUGUCUGCCCACCACGGGGUGAAGCAUCUUCCGCCAUCGCCUCGUUGACACGCUUCGUGGUGGCGCGAUGGGAGCUUUACCCACAUCCUGCUGAUGAAACUCGGAAGGUCGAAACCCGGAGGUGUCGUUUUUGCCCGGCUUGAACAAUGCAUCGGUAACACAUUGGUCAAGAAGGGUGUAUACCGCACGUGGUGUGCCGGGGUGUGGACAUUUUUGACGGUUCACGGACCCGGCUUAAAUUAAAGCCCUGGCCGUUGACACGUCUGAGCAUGUUUGAUGUUGUGUAUCAGCCUAUACGCACGUGUUGAUUUCCCCAACUCGGUAUUGACCGCGAUAGAGAAUGUGUUUCGCUGCUUAGUUAAGAUUGCUGGUGUUGGACAGGGUACAGGGUGUGUAGUGGGUGACGUGGUGGUGGUGGUGGUGGAAAUAACCCUUACUGUACUAUUGUCAAUAUUGUCAAUGUUAUUGCUAGGUUUAAAGGAAUGUUGUUGGGCCCCCCUCCCCCCGUCGCGGUAUGUCCGUCAUUCCAGGCAAGCUUUGUUCAUCGAGCUUCCUGUGUUGCCGCCAGAGGCAAGUGGAACCAAUUGAGCCGAGGUUCCGUUGAAAACGGUAAAACGCUCUGGACUCGUCGGUGUGCAGGGCCCCCCCCCCUUCUGCCCCCCCCUUCUGCCCCCCCUUCUGCCCCCCCCUUCUGCCCCCCCCCCUCCUUCUGCCCCCCCCUUCUGCCCCCCGAGUGGUCGUGCGAUGGCUCUGAAUCGCGCCUGCGCUGUCGCUUUUAAAUCGAAACGCAACCCAGGAAACAUCAACUUUCGUCUCUUUAUUUUUGUCGUAGUCGCGCACACUUCCCCGGCUCUGUGAUGUCCCCAGACCAUCGGGCCCAAGCUCGGAGCUACGUGAAUGAGAGAGGGAGAGAGGGAGAGAGAGAAUAAGUAUAACCCGUAAUAACAAAGUUUUUCACUAUAAAUCCUUUAUAUGCGUGGCGGCUAGAGUCCUCUCGUCCUCUGGCUUGAGAUGGCUGCCACCUAUGGGUCAGAUGAUUGUCUGCCAGUAUUAAGCAAUUGGUAAUUAAUAUUAAAUUUGUUUUCCCUAAACAUUUAAACUUAUUUUAACCCACGCUGCCACGGCAGGAAGGGUCCCAAGCAACUCGAGCAAGAUAACCCCAAGUCCCACUCCUUCCCCGGCUCCAUGAAAGACAUCUGAGCUUGAGUGUAAAUUAUAAUAAACCUAAUUCUAGAUUUGAAGCUUUCAUGACUGCAAAGGAUUCAUAUGCUUAGGUUUUUUUCGGUAAAGUCACGUAGGUCAUUUUAUUUUUUUACCUACGUGACUUUACCGAAACAAACCUAAGCAUAUAAUAAACCUAGCAAGCCAAUUCAAUUUUUAAAUGCCAAUUAAUUUGACAACUCUACCUUGUCUGCAUCUCGUCUCUCCUCUCAACACACGUUUGUCUAUGUGUCUCUUAUCUCGGUCCAUCUCUCUCUUCUGUCAUCCCACUAGGUUUUUAAAUGUUCAUAGAGGGGGGGCUAGCAACAUCAACUGCCCAGGACACCCCACCUGUGUACAAGAGCAGAGUUAUUUGUUUUAUGGGUUGCGUCUGCCUGUUACAAUCUCGUGUAUCCGGAGUUUUGUUUUGCCUUGAGUAUCUCUUUAUUAUUAUCAUUAUAGUAAUCUUGAUUAUGAUUGUGGCAUGGCCCCUGUUUCACCCUCGCCUUGCCCGGCACGCAAACGCCGCCCUCCCCGCGAUUCCUCGUCCAAUAUCGGAGCACCGUUGUAUGUUGGUGGCAUCGCUACGCAAGGGGUGAUCUGGCAGAGAUCUGGCAAGGCUUGGUUGCAACUGAGAGCGAUUGUGUCUUGUCGUACAUGAUCUGUAUUUUGGUAAAGAAUUGAUUGAAUUUUCA